UCCCCCCGCUCGCCUCUGCUUCCUCGGCGCCCAGUUCAGCCGGGCCGGGGGCAUGGGUGAUACGCCAGCGACAGAUGCCGGGCGCCAAGAUUUGCAUCCUUAGGCCACGCCGAACGCCUGCAGAGGAGAGAGGGAACCGGAGAAGGGCCGGGAAGGCGGGGACGGAGGUGCGGAGAGCCCCCUAACAGGCAGAAGCCCCCGCCCCCACCGGAGAGCUCCGCGCGGGCAGAGCGCCUGCCUGCCGCCGCCGCCGCCGGCGCCCACCUCGCCCCAGCCAUGCCGGGCCCGGCCGCCGACGGGGGGAAGGCCCCCUUCUGCCGCGCCGAGGAGCAGCUCCGUGCGGGGGCCGAAGGCUCGGAGGGCGGCGGCGGCCAGCGGAGGCCGGGCGCGCGCGGGCAGCGGCAGGACAUCGUCUGGAGGAACGUCGUCCUGAUGAGCCUGCUCCACUUGGGGGCCGUGUACUCCCUGGUGCUCAUCCCCAAAGCCAAGCUGCUCACUCUGCUCUGGGCCUACUUCUGCUUCCUCCUGACUGCUCUGGGGGUGACAGCUGGUGCCCAUCGCUUGUGGAGCCACAGGUCCUACAAGGCCAAGCUGCCUCUGAGGAUAUUUCUGGCUGCCGCCAACUCCAUGGCUUUCCAGAAUGACAUCUUUGAGUGGUCCAGGGACCACCGAGUCCACCACAAGUACUCGGAGACUGACGCUGACCCCCACAACGCCCGCCGGGGCUUCUUCUUCUCCCAUAUUGGGUGGCUGUUUGUUCGCAAGCAUCGAGAUGUCAUCGAGAAGGGGAGAAAGCUUGACGUCACUGACCUGCUUGCUGAUCCUGUGGUCCGGUUCCAGAGGAAGUACUAUAAGAUCUCCGUGGUGCUCAUGUGCUUUGUGGUCCCCACAUUGGUGCCCUGGUGCGUCUGGGAAGAGAGUCUGUGGAAUUCCUACUUCUUGGCCUCCAUCCUCCGCUAUACCAUCUCACUCAAUAUCACCUGGCUGGUCAACAGUGCCGCCCACAUGUAUGGAAACCGGCCCUACGACAAGCACAUCAGCCCUCGGCAGAACCCACUGGUCACUCUGGGCGCCAUUGGUGAAGGCUUCCACAAUUACCAUCAUACCUUUCCCUUUGACUACUCUGCGAGUGAAUUUGGCCUAAAUUUCAACCCAACCACCUGGUUCAUUGACUUCAUGUGCUGGCUGGGACUGGCCACUGACCGCAAACGGGCAACCAAGCCGAUGAUCGAGGCCCGGAAAGCCAGGACUGGAGAUGGCAGCGCUUGAACCUGGAUCCGCCAUCCAGUGUGUCUGCCGAUGACACCUCGGUUCACGGCUUUUGUUACUACAGUUCUCUUGUUCAUUGGAUUGUGCAAGAGGGUAGAGGGUGGGGAGGGAAUGGAAUCUAUGUGGUUUGGAAAUUUUGUGUUUGUCUCAAAAUAGCGUCAAGAUACAACUCUCAAUGAAAAAAAUUUUUUAAAGUCAAUGUAACUAUGAUUUAACAUUAGUGCGUGGAUAUGUGAUUUAAUUGCUGUCACUACAGUAUGUCAAACAUACAUAGUUGUGUGCUUGUACAUGUUAACCCUAAUAGGAUGAAGGAAUUUAAUAUUCUUUCAGUGCGAUUCAGGAGAGCAUCUGUUUUCUUUUCUACCAGUUAACCCAGUAUUACUUUUAAACACACAAUCUGAAGGAGCAGAGAGGCAGGGUAGAAGACAAAAGAAGAUCUAAGUAGUCACUACAGAAUGUUUCUGUUUUGUAACUAUUGAGUGUGUGUUUUUGUUGUUUUUUAAGUAAGAGAAUGGAAACCUUUAAAAAAUGAGAAUACAGGAAAUGGCUCUCUUAUUUUUUUGCCCUGUUUGCAGCUUGUUAAUGCUCCACGGCCUUUGCUUCAAAAGACCUCUGUUCAGUGUCCAGCUAGCACUGUACCCCGAACUAUACACCCAGCCGACCCUACACAUCAGUGCCUGUUUAGGUGUUUGAUUUUGCUCUCUUUGCUGUUGUCAUUUUAAAGGUGUAUAACUCAGAUGUGCCAGACAUCAAAUUAAGCUCAAAUUAAGCUCUCAUUUAGACGUUUAGACACCUAAUUUAUAUUCUAAUUGAUCCCAGCCACUGAUGCAUGUACUUGAGCUACUUCUGCUAAAUAAGCGUAUUAAUUUUCCACACCAGGCCAUCAGACCUUACUAACCGACGGUUACCUAGAAUUCAGUGUCUAUUGAUGUUUCACCUGCAUGUGGUCUUCAUUGAUUUUGCAGCAAAAUAUAAAGUGAUCAUUAUGUAGCUUCCGGAUUAAAAAAAUUUUGUGUGUUAAGUUGCCUUGUAAAGAGCAUGUUGAAUUAACGGGACGUUGUGCCCUUUGUGUUAGACGUUAGAGCAAAGGAAGGAAAGGUUUAUUGUGUUGGCAUCGGAGCGCUUUGAAGGUAGAUAUUUUCAGGAAGGAUGUAGGAUUUAAAAUUUUUGACAGAGAAGUGAUGCCAAUAGGAAAUUGUCAUAAUAAAGUUCUUCAUCCAGCAGGUGUUUAACAGUGUUAUUUUGCCAUUAAUAAUGUGUAAACUAUGAGUGAUUUACAAUAAAUGAUUAUGAAUUC